AUGCAACCAAUUUCUAAAGUUGACUGGGACACAGGUGAUAAGGAUGGGCUUGUCACUGUCGGUUCCCAUAACCUCUAUCUGUCCGUUUCGGGGCCAGAUCGCAAGCCUGGGCAGCCUAUCGUCGUUCUCAUGCAAGGCAUUGGCAGUACUGCCGAUGAGUGGAUUGCAGUGCGAAAGCUUGUAGUUCCAUUUGCUCGUUGGUUGAACUAUGAUCGUUCAGGGAUGGGUAGGAGUGAAGGUCCUAACCAAACACCACCCAGCAUAUCUGCAGCAUCAGUCGCAGCAGAGCUUGAUACCCUUCUAAGGAACGCUAGUAUUGAGCCUCCGUUUAUCAUUGUCGCUCACUCAUGGGGAGGCUACACUUCUCGCGAAUUUCUGGAACUUAGGCCCAAUGAUGUCGUGGGCAUGGUGUUCGUGGAUUGCAAUACUGAAGGUUUAUUUGACAGUGGCGCAUGGGGUUGGGACGUUUUCGCUUCAGUCCUCGGUGACCAAGACUAUGUUGAAACCACCGGUCUUGCAACGUCCCAUGUCCUAUCCAAGGAAGAGUGGAAAGCCGUCAGAGACCAGCAGGCUAAUCCCCGACAUCGACCUACCGAGGCUGCUGAGUUGCAGGCGGUGCCGAAUAACAGACGGACAUUAGCCCACAAGAAUCAACUUGAAAGGCUACUUCUCAAGGAUUAUCCGGUCAGUGUUAUCAUUGCGGAUACACCUAAGGAUUUCCAGAAAAUGUAUGACUUUGGAGUGGCCGCAGGCAAUGGAACAGAACAAGAACGAGCUCUGUUUCGAAAAUGUCUCGAUAGAUGGCGCGAUAUGAAUGAGGACUGGCAGAGAGACCUUUUGAGGCUUUCUCGUCUCAGCAGAUCUGUUCGUCUGCAUUGCAGUCACAAUGUGCAGCUGUUACAACCACAGAGCAUAGUUCAAGAAAUACAGUGGACCAUGGACAGCUGCAGAUAA